GAGCUACGUCAGUCGUCUACGGGACGUAGCCAACGAGCUACGCUACGUCGUAGCUAGAUCGCGAAUCGAAGUUAAUUAUUAAGUGGGCUACGAGAGCUAAUGGAAACGUGAUUAAUUUAUUAACAUACAUCAUUUAUUACUUUAUUCGUAUAUUACAGAACCACUUCUAGAUUAUUAGUAUAAAAUUAGAUGUAAAUAUAUUGGUUUAGAUAUUAAAAAGUCGGCGUCAUUGGUAACAAUAUCUUUGUUUCGUUUAAUAUUAUGGUAAUUGAUUGAAAUUUUCCUUUGGAAUCAUUUAUGAAUGAUUCGUUAGAAUAGUCAUAAAAAAUUAUUGAAUUAAUAUCAAGCGAGCUAGUUAUAAAUAUCCUGUAGGGAUGAGAAUAAAGAUGUUUUCUUGUGCUAUGUUCUUCUGUAUAUUGAUGCUACUGAUAGUGGAUACGAGGAUUGGUGCUUUACCACAUACAACAGGUAACCAGCCUCGAAAAUGUCAUUUAAGCUCAAAUGCCAGUCGGAUCGGCAUGUGUCCAGAUGAACAACCCUAUUGCACUACAGUUGCGUCAGCUCCUAACUUAACGAUUACUCUUGCCUGCGGAGCGGCUCAAGAGUCACCUUGUGUGUUGGAAUACAAAACUGAAUAUCUGUUGACCUGCAUAUGUGAUGACAAUCUCUGCAAUGCGCCUUACAAUCAACAGUUACGGGACGAGCUGCUCAAUUUUUCAACAAACUUUCCGGCGAAUAGCGAUGCCAAUUUGACAGAGAUGUUUUUGAAAUUCACGACGUACGCUAACGUCAGUAACGAAGCCAUUUAUGAAAUGGUAACUGCAAAUACGACAUCGACCUCAAUAGCUCCCGUGACCUCUACGAGCGCUACGACUAAAAACUCAACACACGUUCCUGAGUUGCCACGGGCUGAGGCGUUAAAACACGCAACCAUACCUCCUGAUGAUGAUGAAGAUGAGGGUGAAGGUAGUGGAGUUGAUGAGUCCAAACUACAUGAGCAUGCGUCUCCAGCCGCUCCAAGUUCAUUUCUUCCAGCCAAAGAAAAUGGCGCAUCUUGUCUUUCUCUGAACAUCUUAUACUUAGUACCUUUAUUUCUUAACCCAAACUUUUAAUUCUAGUUUGAAUAUAAUUAAGCGUAUAUAAGAAUUUAUUAGGAUUGUUGACCUAAUAUGGGAACAAAUGACCUCUUUCGAUGGUUUUUAUUUAAUGAAACAGCCAAAAUCAGUAUAGGAAUAACAUUUGUUAUGCAUAAAUGCAUAAUAUAUACUAAUUCAUUGAAAUUGAUGAUUUUAAUGACUAGUUAAAAUUUAGAGAACAUAGUAGAUAGUAGGUACUCUGUGCCAAUUGUACGAAACAUUAAUACCUACUAUUAUUGUUUAGAAUACUUUAAUGACGGGUUAUUUAUAAUUAACGGUCAUAUUAUCGUGCCAAUUGUUGAUAAUUUUGUAUCUACUGAUACAUACAGUGUGUUUCUAUUUAAAACUUAUUUAGGAUUGUUGUAAAUUAAAGUGAUAUAAAGAAAAUUAAGCAGAAUACUUAUUAAAAUUAUAAUGUAUGCUGGAGUAGGGAGAUUAAAGAUCGCUCAAUGCUUAUCUAUUUAGCGUACAUUGGAAUACAUUACAAAUGGAAGUUGGACUUAGUUUUACUUCAUAUAAAAUUUGUGUCUCAUGUAAUAAAAGAUUCUAAAAAUAUAGUAAAGUCCAAAGUUUUUGCUAUAAUUUAUUAAAAGAGGCAUUAUUAAAGACGUAAGUUACUAAUUAAGAUAUAAAAUAAGGAUUUCAAAUGUGAUUCCAUUUCACGCACUGCAAAAUUACUUGUACUAUAAUAAUUAUAUAGAUGCCAGAUCAUUAGAUUCCAUAUUUAUGAUCUACAUUAGGUUAAUGUUAUUCAUUAUUAACAUCGAAAAAACUGCCCUGAAAGCACUUUAAACACUCGUAGAUAUUGUCAAUUAUACAAUUAUAUCUUUACUUUUGUUUGGUUAUUAUACAUUGUAUACUAUCAAUAAAGAUUUAAAAUAUAUCAA